AUGAACGGGGGGCCGUGUAAGACUCGAGGAGACCUGGAGAAGAUGAUGCUCCGGUUCGAUGGAUUGCGCCGAGCAGAGAAGGCCGAAUGCAUCCGCUGCGAAGUCCUCUACCAGAAGAUGAUCCUGAAAAACCCGAGCCCGUAUCUGACCGAUGCGAACGGAAACGCAACCCGUAUUGUAGCCAAACUGAAGAUGGCUCUGCCCCGGACAGAGGAGUCCGUGUCGGUCCGUGUCGGUCUGCUCUGCCCGCGGAGAGUGUAUGGUCUGCCCGCGGAGAGAGGCAGCAUGUCGGGCCGCUGGUGGAGCAGUGCCGCGGUCACUCACCUGCUCAUGGCGCUGUUCGCAAUGGGCUCCUGGGUCUCCGUCAACAGCCUCUGGGUCGAGAUCCCGGUGGUGGUCAACGUGCUACCCGAAGGGUGGAACCUUCCGGCCUACCUGGUGGUCCUCAUUGCUUUUGGAAACCUGGGUCCCAUCGCGGUGACCGUCACUCACCACUGCUCUCCGGGACGACUCAACGAACGCAUCGUCAUCCACGUCAUCCAGGCGCUGGCCGUCGUCACCGCCGCGUUCCUGGCCAUUUCCUGGUCUUACACCGUCACCGUGGCGGGACAGGAGCGAUCCAUACCGUUCCUCAUUUGUACUUUUGUUUUGUCUUUCGUCUGCUGCACUUCCAACGUCACCUUCCUGCCGUUCAUGUUCCGAUACCCGCCUCAGUACAUCCGCACCUUCUUCAUCGGGCAGGGAUUGAGCGCCCUCUUCCCCUGCGUGGUCGCGCUGGGACAGGGCGUGGGGAAACUGGAGUGCAAGUCCGUCAACGGCACGAUCCAGCCCGAGUAUCUGAAGGAGAAUUUCUCGGUUCAAAACUUCUUCUGGUUCCUGUUCGUCAUGCUCUUGGUCUCUGCCUUGAGUUUCUUCGCCCUGACCAAGAGAGACACGGCUCAGGAUCACGUCCCUCCAGAGACGGAGAAAAGCGGAGACGAAACCCAGGCCCUCCAGAACGGGACCCCAGUGUCGGAGCAGCAGGUGCAGCUGGAGGAGCAGCCGCCUCCCGCUCACUCCUUCUGGACCCUUCAUAACAUUUAUCUCCUGGUCUUACUGGCUCUAUCCAACGCUCUGACCAACGGAGUCCUGCCGUCGGUCCAGAGCUUCACCUGUCUGCCCUACAGCUCCAUGACUUUCCAUCUCUCUGUGGUCCUGGGCAACAUCGCCAACCCCCUCGCCUGCUUCCUGGCCAUGUUCUUUGUUUUGAGGUCAGCGAGUGGCCUGGGCGGGUUGACCAUCGCUGGAGGAGUCUUUGCCUCGUACCUCAUGGCUCUGGCCGCCCUCAGCCCGUGCCCCCCGCUCCUGGGAUCCUCGUCUGGGGUCGCUUUAGUGGUCUUGUCGUGGAUCCUCUUCACGGGCCUCUUCUCGUACCUGAAGGUGGUGAUCGGGACGCUGCUGCACGAGGCCGGUCACGCCGCGCUGUUGUGGUGCGGCAUCUUCAUCCAGGCCGGCUCUCUGCUCGGGGCCCUGGUCAUGUUCCCUCUGGUCAACAUCUAUCACGUGUUCUCCCGCUCCCAGGAGUGCGUCAACAACUGCAGCUAG